UGAAUUUUGUUUAAACGAUUCUAGUUUUAAGUGUAAAUCGUGCGACGUUUUGGAUUUACGAUAUCAUAGCAAGUUUUCCGUGAUUGUGAUCGAGUGUCAAUGGGAUUUAAAUGAUCGCAGUGGAAGAUUCUUUUUUUAACUCUUUUAAAUUCGGAGACAGAAGAAUUUAUCGAUGUACGUAUACAUUUAUCGAAUGUCAGGGACGAGAACGAAGAGGGAGGUCGAAAGAUAGGAGCAUCCUGUUGGCGCCUAUGUAGGAUAACUUUGUUCCUGAUAAUUCAUUUAGAUUGCAUCUUUCGUCAUUCAUCGUUUGAUCCUUGAAUACUACAAAUCGUACAAGUCGAUUCGCGUCUUUCCAUUUACAUCGCUAAAUUCAGUAUUGUUUUAAAAGUGUCGACAAAUGACGCGUACCAAGUCGAGCCUGAGCCGUCAGAAACUGAGUUGUCAGAAAACCAAUGGACAAAUCAAAAUCUCGAUGACGUACAACAAUGGCUGUUCCGGGGACACCGAGAACGGAUCACCGGCGGAAUCAAUUUUGUCCGGCGAAGGUGAACUCGGGGAAGAAGCUGGAGAUUCGCCUGGUACCUUGAGGGACACGGAAGUGGAAGCGUUGCUCUCAGACGAGUUUUAUGCCCACGACACAGACGAUGAGGAGGAGCAAGGAAAGAGGCGAAGGGAUCGCACCAAUUCCCUAGAUGGGAUUUCGUCUAGCCACCUCGGUUCGCCGAUUCCCCAAGUAGGAACGCUCGGAGUUCGGAAAUUAUUCACCAACAGCCGUGAACGUUGGAGGCAACAGAACGUCAGCGGCGCGUUUGCUGAACUUCGAAAAUUGGUACCUACUCAUCCGCCGGAUAAAAAAUUGUCAAAGAACGAAAUCCUGCGCAUAGCUAUUCGGUAUAUACAACUGCUGAGCGACGUCCUGAAAUGGCAGAAAGCGCAAGAGCGGAACGAGGCGACGCAGCACGAAGUUCGAAUCAAAUGCGAACCCAAUUUCAACACCCAGAAUUCGACGCACUAUCACACAAAAUCUACGGUGGCGUAUCUGAAGCAAGAGAAGCAAAUGAACGAGAACGUUCACGGGUACAGGACGAGCUUCGCGGGGCAGAAGCAGGUGCAGCAUUCGAUCUCUCACGUCGUGUGCGACAAAAACGGGAAUAAUUUAUUAAUGAUCGCGCCUAGCGGUCACAGCGGGUCGAACGACGUUAAGAGAAGCGUGACGCCACAGAAUCAGCUUCCUAAUCUAAUGAACAACGCGAGCAUACGUCCGCAAACCUGUUCUCGGCCUUCGAACUUUCCAAAAUCACCGCAGAUCAAUUCACAUGUCGUUACCAGCUCGAGUUUGCUGACAAAUUGUUCUUCGAGUACCUCAACGACCAGCAACACUUCUGGUAUUAAUGGAAGUGCGUCGAGCUGCGGUCAAAAGAGGUUGAAGUUGGAAAAGGAGGAGGAGGAACAGUCUGGGCAGAGCAGAGAGUGUAGAAAUUUGACGACCUCGGUACACGGAGUGCCCGUCAGGAAAAGAGUUAAGGUGACGUUCGUCAAAGACUCGAACUCGGGGUUUCGAAACGAUUUUCGAGACCGCAAAUAAAAAGGACCGUGACUUUCUUUUUUAUAUAAGGAAAAGCCUGAUUUUUGACAAGUGCAAUCUAUUCCAGAACGAGUCUCGUUUCAACUUUGGUCAGUGAGAACUCGUCGCUUUCUCAAAGAAUAUUUUAUUAGUCAAUCCAUGGUACAUCGUUUGAACAUUUGGUGACGCUCUCAAGUCACAAUUUCUAGUUGCACGUUCGACAUGAUUACACCGAUUAUUAAAAAAAUCAAUAUUCAAUAUUAUGUAAUAGUUUGCGGUUCAGAUUGGAUUAAACCCCAUGGAGCUUUUAAUUACUCUUCUCGCGAUUGCAUAACACUGUGAUUUGCGCAUGGAACAUAGAAACGUCACAAGCAUAAAGUCCAACGUUAAAACGGAUGGUGAACUCUGAAGAACUACUAACGUGUAACACUUAAUUAGGAUAAUUGCCUUACCACGAACCGAACCAAAUAAAACGGACACACUCACCUUUGA